UUUGGUUCAGCUGGCUGUCACCGUAGUGGAAGUGGGUUGUUUUGGUUUAGUGUAAACCGGUUCUGUACUGUGUAGUAAAGACGGUGGCAGAAUGUUUAGUGGUACAUAAAACCAAAUGAAAUGUGUAUAAAAGACGCGUAAAUCUUUUUGGCCACCUGCCGUCGUAUUCUUUUAGUGACUGCUCCUUUUGGAAAAAUGUCGGAAACCAACCCAGGGAACACGGUUGCGGAAGAAGAUGUACAGGAGCUUAGAGCCAGAAUGAAACUAAUUGCUGAUGCGGACCCAUCGCAGUACCAUAAUUCCUUUUCACUGAUGAGAUAUCUUCGAGCUUUCAAAACUGUUGACGCAGCCUUUCAGGCAAUUCUGAAAACCAACAAAUGGCGUAAGGAGUACGGUGUUGAAUUGUUAAACGAAAAAAAUCCAAUUAUCCAGAAGCAUGUGGAAGGGAAGAAAGCAAGAGUGCUGCGUCACAGAGAUGUCAGUGGGAGACCGAUUAUUUAUAUUCCAGCAAAAAACCACAAUGUUAAUGACAGGGACAUUGAAGAGCUGACAAAGUUUAUUGUUUUCUGCCUGGAAGACGCAUGCAAGAGGUGCUUUGAGGAGGUGAUAGACAACUUGUGCAUAAUAUUUGACUUGAAGGACUUUGGAAUAACGUGCAUGGACUACCAGCUCAUCAAGAACCUCAUAUGGCUUCUGAGCAAGCACUACCCUGAACGACUGGGCAUUUGCUUGAUCCUGAAUGCACCAGCAGUUUUCUCCACCUGCUGGCCAGUCAUUAGGGGAUGGUUGGAUGAGAACACUUCCAGAAAAGUUAAGUUUGUGGAUGAUAUAAAUGACUUAUCAACAUAUCUUAUACCUGAUGUUAUACCUGAAAAUAUGUAGAAUGAACAAGUAUCACUUUCCCAUAAAUGUCGAUUUCAUUGUUAUAGAAGUGCAUGGCAGCACCAGCCAUUCAUAAAAUUAUUUGAGCUCUAAUCAAAAACAGAUCAUUUCAAAAUAUUUUAAUGCUUACUCAUGUGAAUUUAUUUAAAGUACUGGCAGUUUGUCUCUCUUGCCCAUAUAUUGUGUUACAGUCUUCAUCAUCAAACUGUGUAACAGUAAAGCUAAUUUUUGUACUGUGUAGAUACCCAGGACAAAUAAGAACAUUUUAUAGUAAAACAUGAAUUCAGCAUUUAAGCAUUUCAUCAUUAUUGGUAUGCAUUAAUCCUAUAGAUCUUCAUGAGGAGGAAAAUAAAAGAAGUGUAAUAACUUUUAUUGUUUUGUGUAAAAAUUUCAGCUAACAUUGGAGAGUUGGUGAAGGCUUCAUCAGUAUAAAUUAAAUCAGUUGUGAAAUGCAAAUGAGUGCUUUUUUUUAGUUCCUGUAUUUUGCAUUUUAAUGGUGUAAUUAACCUAAACAUUUACUUGUAUCGAUGUUGUAGUUAUUUUUAGCAUUUUUUCUGUAGUAUCUUGUGUUUUCGACCCUCAGUGUUACAGUUUUAUUUGUCAUUGUACAUGCAGUUGCAAAUGCUUUUAUGGUGGUUUCGAUGUGGCCUUCAAAGUUUUGAAUAUUGUUGUUUUCUCUUGUAAUGAAGCAUGCAAUGUAUAGAUCAUUCCUUUUGUUUUAAUUUAGAGCCAUCUGUCAAAAGAAGACAAAAAAAUUCUGAAUACCACAGUCAGCAUCUCUUUCCAAAAAUGUCAUUUUUUAAAUUAAUGCUGAAGAGAAUAUGGUAUGGUGUACUUUUGUAUCUAAUCCAUGAGAUUGUUGCAGUGAUUUACAUAAAUUUGCGCUGAGACCGUAGUUUGUACAUUGUGUUUCGAAAAAACCUAUUUGUAGAAAUAGAAGAAAAAUGUUCAUAUAUCUUGCACUAAAACUUUAUUUACUGCUGUAUUAAUUUUUUUUAAGGGUCACUAUGUAUCAGUGUUGUGUAGGUAUAUGAUUCUGUAAGCUGUCACAUUACUAAGUAGUUGAUGACAUGUUUGCACAUAACAGGUGUUUUAGAUUUACUUAAUUUUUGUGCAAGAUAUUCUCUAAUUUUCCAGUUAAAUUUGCAAGUACAACGAAAUCCUGAAUUGAGCAGCAAAUAUUGAGUUGAUUGUACAUCACUCAGACAUUUCACUAGUUGCUGCGGAAGUAAUGACUGUGAAUUUCAGUGUAUUGGCAUGGUACUUUGACACACUAACUUGUUUCUUGCCUUCAAAAGUCUUUGGCAAAGACUGUACUUUUUAUUUUGUUAAAACUUCUAAUUUUUUGUUAACCAAAGAUUUUUUUCGUUGGUUAGGUUGAUUUUAUGAAUGUGAAACUGAACUCAAAUUCAGAGGUUGGGUUAUCAAAUGAAGUUGCUUGUUUGAUAGACCGGAUUUAGUACUGUGUAAAAUUUCCUAUUUGCACAUAAAAAAGACCUAAAAUGUAAAUAACUUUGUACAAAGGAAUUAUUUAUUUUAAUAUAAUUUAUUAAUGUUGUAAAGUAAUGUAACAGCUAUUGGUGCAUUUCAUGUAAACAUUGGAUGGCACUAUGUUUAUGAUGAGAGUAUAACACAGAAACCUGUGUGCUCCAGGUACCCAUAAUUCAGCUGUGAAUUAUUAUAGUAUAUAAUUUUAAAUGGUAAUAUAGCUUGCAAUUGACUUCCAAUGCCUUAAAUGAUUGAACUUCUGUCUUCUUGUGCAAUUUGUUGCAGCCAUUCCCUGUGAGUAUUAUUUCCCGUCCACAUAUAUAAAAUGAAUAUAGGCUUGUGAAUCUGUAUCAUUAAGAGCUUCCAUAUGUUCUUGUUGUGUGGGGUCAGUGAAAGAUUAACAUCUGUGUUUUCAAAAAGUUUGGAGACUCUCCAAUUCUCAGUAGAUUUGCAACAAAAUGAUAAUGAAAGCAAAAUGUUCCAUUUCAAGGAGGAAGGCUGAAAUGAAUGUGGUAGCCAAUAUCAUCAUUUCAAAUUAUUAUGAGAGACUUAUUCUUUUCUAUCUUUCUGGUUUAUAGCUGAACACUUCAGCUACAUAUCCAAAAAUGUAGGCAUGAAAAAUUUUGUGAAGUUCUCACUAUGACAGUUUUUAUGUAAUAUUACGAUAAAUUUUGCUAUAUCAUGGACCCGAUACAUGUAAUUCUUCCAUCAGUAGUUUACAUACUAUAAAAAUGUGUAAAUUGUUCUUUGAAAUUGAUGAAAAACAUCAUACUGUCUGUUGCUGGUGGGAGUAGUCAUAUUCAGUCCCUUCUGUGUAUUACAUAGAAAAUAUAUGCAUUCUGGAUCAGAAUUUUAUUCUCUUGAACUUUAUUGGUAAAAUGGACACGUCUUCCAGGCAGGUAUCUUUUUGGUCCAUGAAUUAUGAGACAAACCUGAUUUAAUAUAAAUGACUUGCAAUUUUUGUCUGUUAAUAGGGCAGGGUAAAUAACUUUUUACAUUUCUCUCGAUCAACAAGCUGACUGGCGUGAGGCCACUGGAAGGCAGAAUAGAGUUUUCAUGCCUUAUACCUUGUGCUUGCCAGCAGCCAUGUUUAGGACCAUAGUGGUACAGUACUGUGCAUUAGUUUGUGUCUCUUGAUCGAGUUGAUGCCAUUGUACAGGAAAUCAGGUACAACAUCUUGUUCAGUGUUUUGAUCUUUGUUUUUUUAUAACUUUAGGCACCAUCCAAAGAUAUACUGUACUAAACAGUGGAGUGUGUGGCUGGUGGCAGGCACUCUGUGUCAGAUAUGAACCUCUGCUGUGUCUGCUUGUGGUCUGGGGCAGUUAAUAUGUUAACUUAAUAACAAAAUAUUGGUUAUAUAAAAAUUGUAAUGAUUCAGCUUAGACUAUAAAUAAGCAACCUACUAAUUAGGUCAGAUCCUAGAAAAGGUUUUUACAAAACUGGCAUUGAACAUAAUGGUUCAUUAAAUCAACGUAAAUUGACAUUGAACGUAUGAGGCACUUUUUUAAAAUAAGUACCAAUUUUAGAAAAAUAAAAAAAAAUGCAAUAAUGCAACCCCUCUAUUUUUAUGUGAAAGAUUGGACCUUAAUCUAUUUUUCAACAUAAUUUUCACCUGUAUUAAAAGUGCUUAUUGUAACUUAUAACAAGUUUCUGGAAUCCUUAGAAAUCCCUCACCUGAUAUUUUUGUUUAAAGCAUUCUGUACUAAAGUUUUAAUGUCGUCAACUUCCUCAUAGCAUGGACUGGCAAUAUUGUCGUCUUCCUCACACUGCUGACUGGUAAGGUGCUUCUUUUAAAUACAAGAACAAAUGAUAGUCACUAGAUGCUAGAUCAGGGGUAUACUGAGGAUGGUCAAUUUAUUCCCAACCAGACACGAUCUUAAUGAGCCACACAGGAGCAGACACUGAUGUGGGGCUAAACAAGCCCUCUUUGAGUAUGCUCUGCCUUUUUU